AUGGAAUCCUGCAAUAAUCUCACACACCGAGUCUACUCGUUCAUCGAAAGACACAGGUUUAACCUCGAGGUUAAAAAGGCGAACAAAGCGUACGAGAAGCGAGCCCUACCCAGGAAGCUCGGCUACGGACGAUGCGAACGCGGACCGGAUGAUGACACGGUUCCAUAUCUCUACAACCUUAAAUCCAGAAGUAUUAGACAAAUUAGGAAGCAGUGGACUAUCGAUACAUCUCUGAAAGCAUUCAAGUUGGCCGACUAUCUCAAAAGGAUCUGGGAGCCUCCUCAGAAAAUCUACGACGAAAAGGUCGCAAUGAAAUACAAAGUCGACCUGCUUCUGCGGAGCGCUACAACUAUCACCAAAAGGGACACGGAGUGCGAGAACCUUGCGGCCAUAAAGAAGGUUCAAAUCACCGAGAAGCGGAAGAUGAGUAUGCCAUUCAUGAGCAACGACAACGAACUUCUGCUCGACGGACAGGUCGACAAUGUGGUCUUUGCUGGAGAUGAAGGAGAUCUCGAUGCUACUUUGAUUGUCUUCCGAGCAACGAAGCCAGGACGCACUCAAGCCUGGACUUUGCUCAAGCUAAUGGCAACAAUCCACCAUGCUCGAAAGCUCACCGGAAAGGUCUCUGAAAUCUACGGUAUCGCCACGGACAGCAGCGAAUGGGUCUUUGCCCACAUCAACAACAAAAGCCAGUACUCACUGUGGUUCCUGUCAUGGAAAUACGAUGCCCCAGAUGUUGUCGCCCACGUCUUGCGGAUCAUCGAUUAUUCUAUUACUCGUGCCGAGGCCGUACUUAGGGCUCCCCUCAACCUACCUACUACCGGCCGACUAACGGGGUGUAAAAUCUGCGACCCCAAGGAACUGAUUUAUUCGCCUAUGGAGGAAUCUGAAGAGGAAGAAUUGGAUUAG